ACUAUUUCCAUUUCUUCAUUUCAUUCAUUCCUCUUUCGUUGCUUUGACUCUGACUCCGCCCACCACAUUUUCGCCUUUUUUCCGAAAUUCUCGUGGUCUCCAUCUCAACACCACUGAUGGAUGUAAGAUGAGGCAGCUGCCUUCAAUAUUACUGAUUCUUGUCUAUUUUAUUCGUUCUGUGGAAUUGUUAAAAUGCUUUUCCUGCGCUUCAUUCGAAUACAGAGUACUUUUCGAUAAAGACACUUCGUUAUCGAGAAAAGUCAGAGUCCCCAAAUUCGAUAGAUUAUGUGAUUUGGAAGAGAUGGUUCGUGGUUAUGCACCAGUUGAAGCAUGCCAUUCAACAUGUGUCACUAUUUUCGAACCACAGUAUUUUGGAGGUUUACAAUCCUUGCAACGUCCAUUUCUAUACAUCCGUGGUUGUGCUGAUCACAUAUUUUCUUCAAUGAAAGAUCGCCCAAUUGAAGUUGAAUUUCUUCAUCGUUCACCAAUUUGUGUUAAACUUCAACUAUCACAAAUCUAUCCACAAGUUCAAGCAAAUGAAAUAGUUCAAGUGUGUUCGUGUGACAAAGACGGUUGCAAUUUUGACUCAAUCAAUGAUUCGACUACUUCCAAAUAUAAUUCCAUUUUUAUUGUUAGUGCAUUCUUAUUUGGUUUUUAUUUUGUUUUCUAAUAAAUUUAUUGAAUUAAAAAAAA